CUCUCACUCUCUGUACCUCUCUGUCAGAACCCCAAACAGUGAUCUGGGGUUCGGGGUUUUUUUCAGAGACUCUAAGGAGAAGAGUGGGUUUGCGAAGGAGGACCUGAGGAUGCAUAGGGAAUGAUUUCAUGAGGGGUUCCGCCAUUUGAGGAGCAAGAAAAAGAGCUUUAAAAAAUUGAAUUGCAGAACAUGUCAAUCGCAAAGGAGGUGAAGGCUAAUGACGCAACAGCACAAAAAAUGUUCAGCAAGGGGACACUAGUUGAGGUUAGCAGUGAUGAUGAUGGUUUUGAAGGUGCCUGGUUUGCUGCAACUGUCGUUAAAGCAGUGGGAAAGGACAAGUUCCUUGUCCAGUACCAGAGCCUGAGGACUGAUGAUGAUUCAGGCUUUCUGAGAGAAGAGUUUGAUACCCUGCAUAUUAGGCCAUGUCCACCAGAAACUCUUGUUGUUGAUCGUUUUAGUCUUUUUGAAGAAGUUGAUGCUUUGUACAAUGAUGGGUGGUGGGUGGGUGUGAUUUCUAAGGUUCUUGGUGGCUCAAAAUACUUAGUUUACUUUAGGGACACGGAUGAGGAAAUAGAGUUUAAGCAUUCUGACUUAAGGCCACAUCAGGACUGGAUUGAUGGAAAAUGGAUUAUGGCUUCCCAGGUUUUGGGCAGGGAGCUAAAUAAUUGACAGUGCAAAGUUCGGUUAUUAUCCAAGAUUUUCUCUUUGAAACUUGAAUUUAAUUAAUUAUUUUUAACUCUGCCACAAUCCACCUAUUUGGAAAAUUUGGAAGCUGGUCAAAAUAAAGUGAAUUAAAAGAAUAGAAAAGAGGUAAACCUCAGUGAAAUUUGCUAAAGCCUUGGCCAGCUUGUUGUGAUUCUUUGAUCUAAAAGUAUUAUCUGAUAAGCAGCCCCACCAACCAUAAGAAUCGACUACUCCAUGCAUGUGAGAAUGCAAUGGGAAGGAAGUGAUUGUCACUUUUUUUUACCUAUAUGAUUCUUUUUCCUUCUAAUUUUCUGUUUCUGACCUUGCACAAGUUAAGUAUUAUUUAACCCAAGCAAUCCUAUAUAUAUAUGGUAUUGAAUUUAUAUUGAUGGUUGGCAUAUUAAUUCAUGUCAGGCUCUGAUGAAGUUGCUUUACUU